AUAACGGCAGAUAAAAUGAGCGAUUCUCCACGUUAUAAGUGUUCAACGUGCGUGACUGGAGUCAGCAUUCGUGCCGAGGUACCAGACGCGUUCGAGAGUCGCACCGGCGAACAACUACCUGCUGAUCGACUGUUAAUCCGAGACCAUAUUUUCGACGUACGCGUGACAAACUUAUCCGGAAACAUGGCGACAGAAGUGGCGCAACUUCCCCAUCUAAAGGUCUUUGAUCGCGUGAUGGAAUUACCCAUCGUUGAGUUGGCGGUCAUCAAAUCUGCAGAGACGUAUUCUAGGGUGAAGGGUUCGCAUCAAUUGAUGAAUUGGGCUCUAAGUACCGCCGAAUCAUCCAUAAACAUUGCGACGAGACAAGCAAUGCCCAUCGCCGUGCCCAUCGCGAAAAAACUUCAGAGUCCCAUAAAUUUCGUCGAUCACACGUUAUGCUUCGGUCUCGAUAAAAUCGAAGAAAAAGUGCCGCUGGUGAAGGAGAAACCCGCACAGAUUUAUGAGAAAGCAGUAUCAAGAAUUUCGCAUGUAAACGAUAUGAUUUUGCUACAAGCGACGAAUUUGCGAGACAUCAGCUGGAAUACGGCCAAUCAAAUACUUGAUACACGCUAUGGCAGUGUGGCCGUGAGAGGUAUAGAUAACACGGCCGUUGCCGUUGAUAAGCUCAUUGACAGAUACUUCCCUGCACAAGAAGAAGAAAAACCGAUAGACAUAAACACAGCUGAGGAGGACAAGCUGUUACAUACUCUACAAACAGUCGGUCACCUGUCGAAUAAAGCUGCUCGACGUGUGUACCUAAACAUAAUAAACCACCUGAGCACGAUCAAGAAGGAUGGUUUAUUGAAGGCUUAUGUCAACAGUUUAGUCGAGUUCCUUCGACUCACGAAAUAUCUUCACACUGUCAACGAAAAGCCACAAGCUAAUGGCGAAAUAAAGGAAGAACCACAGGAUGAAAAGGAAAAAAGCGAAUAAAAGCACUGCUUCCAUCCCGUUUUUCUCGAAAUAUCUCCACGUAUGGUUAUUUAAACCAUUGAAAAAUAUCAUUUGUAAUUAUCACUGGAAAUAACGUUUAUAUUUAUUUUUAAUUAAUAAUUAUGCGCAUAUAAUUGUUAUUUGCGGUGAAUAUGUUUUGUGAAUAUCGUUAAGAAUUGAAAUAUCGUGAUUGCAUGUGCUAAUUCCUCGCAACCGAAAAAGCAAUCGACAUGCGAAAAUAUUCUGCAUCAACGAAGCGCUAAUAUUCCUUUAUGUUACUCUCUAAAUACAAAAUAUAAAAAAAAAUGCAAUUGUAAAAAUAAGAUAUAGAAUUGUGUACAGACAAGUUUUAUUUAUAUAUUUUGUAUUACCAUGAAUGUGCAAAAGUAAAUGAAUAAGACAAGGAAAGGUAUGAACGCAAUAAACUUCAGAAAUUUCCACCAUAAAUAUUAGCCAAAAUGAAAUAAAAUAAUGGCCUACAAACACUAUAAUUGUUAUAUAUAAUAUAUAUUGAUAUAUAUUAAAAAUAUAUGUAUAUUUUUUAUAUAAUUCAGUUGUGCAUAAAUUUGAAUAAAAUCGAAACAUGUGAGGUUUCAGAUAA